AUGAUAGGGAUUUUUGGUGUUGGUGGAAUUGGAAAAACAACUAUUGCAAAAGAGAUGUAUAACCGCAUUACUGAUCAAUUUGAAGGCAAUUGUUUUCUUGCAAAUGUCAGAGAAUCUUCAAAACAAGAUCAAGGUGGUCUCGUAAAGUUGCAAGAAACAAUUCUUUCUGAAAUUCUUAAAGAUUCAAGUUUGAAAGUUAGUAAUGUUGAUCGAGGAAUCAAUUUGAUAACGGAGAAACUUCGCCGUAAAAGAAUUCUUUUGGUUCUUGAUGAUGCUGAUUGUUUGGACCAAUUAAAAAAAUUAUGUGGAGGAUGCAAUUGGUUUGGUUUUGGUAGUCGAAUCAUCAUAACAACAAGGGAUGAGGGUUUACUAACUAAGCACAGUGUUCAUUUCAAAUAUCGUAUGAAGGAAAUGGAUCACUAUGAAGCUCUUCAGCUCUUUAGCCACCAUGCUUUCAAAAGUGACAAACCUGAUGAUGCUUUUGUGGAUGUCAUAAAACUUGCACUAAAGUGUGCUAACGGCCUUCCACUCGCUUUACAAGUGAUAGGCUCAAAUCUAUACGGAGAAGAUAUAGAUUUUUGGAAAAGCGAAUUGGAAAAGUACAAAAGAAUUUCAGAAGAAAAUAUCCACAAAAAACUCAAAAUAAGUUACGAUGGAUUAGAUUAUUAUACAAAAAAGAUUUUUCUUGACAUUGCAUGUGUCUUCAAAGGAGAAUACAGAGAUUAUGUCACUAAAAUAUUGAAUGGUUGUGGUUUCUUUGCCGAUGCCGGUAUCAAAAAGCUCAAUGAUAAAUGUCUCAUAACUAUUAAUCCUAAUCAAUAUAAUGGUUGCCAAUAUUUGGAGAUGCAUGACUUACUAGAAGAUAUGGGCAAAGAAAUUGUCCGACAAGAAUCACCCGAAGAACCUGGCAAGCGGAGUAGAUUAUACUUUCAUGAAAAUGUUCGUGAAGUACUUGAAAGAAAUAAGGGAACAUAG